CCUUAGACUUUGACAAUCUCUGAAUGUUGUGUACAUAGAUGUACACUAGCACUUCGUUAAUGGAAGUUGAAUGCAAUGAAUUUUACGCAAGGGGAUUUAUGAAUAAUAGAUUCAUUUUUUACAGUGAGUGGAUCGAGAGUUAAGCGCUACUCAGAAUGAAAUACAGAGACAAGAUGUCAUUUCUUUGAUUGUCAUGUUUGAGAAUUCUAAUUUGGAAACUUGUCUAAAUUUUAAUUUUUCAGACUCAAACCUUGGAGGAUGUUGUAUGUCUUAUGCAAAUAUAUACACUGCUAAUAUAAAUAUGUGGUGCCAAAAUAUUUGAUAGAUUGAGAACUUUAAUGUAGUGGAUUUAAUAUCUAUAACCACCUCGAGCAAUCCAUGGGGGAUAAUAGAUUUUCAAGAUGAGGCAGUGAAAGGCAUAUCAGAGGCAGUGGAUUUACGAGAAACCAUGACAACACCUGCCCCAAGUAAUGGCCGCCUCCCUCCAUCAGCAGCAUCAUCGGAUCAGCUGUCCAUGGAGUUCGAGAUUGCCACAGUGGAUGAUGACAUACUUAACACUGUAGAAAAGCUGUUUAACUUUGGGAAAUCUGGAGCAAUCCCUUAUGACACAAUACAGGAUAUUCUAGGUAAAGCCAUUCAAGCUGAGAGAAACCAUUGGAAGGAUCGGCUGAACAGUGCCAUGCAGGAAAUUGAGAGACAGCACAAAAUUCUAUUGGCAGAGCAGUCUUCUCUUCAAGAUCUCUGUGGCAUGAUCGACGAAAGCAAGGCCACCAAUGGUGGGAAACCUGUAGAGGAAAUUCCUGAGGAAAACCUCACCACAGAACAACUUCUGCAAAAUCUCAAAUUCAAAAUCGAGCACUUAAAACAGAUCUCUAGUUAUAUGGACCAAAGCAAGGACCUUGGACCUAUAUCGGACAAGUUUCCGUCUAAAAAGAAGUACUCGGAAAUGGAUAUUAAGUUCAUGAAAAAUGCAAUAGCUAAAAUUCAUUUUGAGAAAGAGUCUUUGCAGAGUAAGUUAUCUGAAAAAGAAAAUGAAAACAAAUGGCUUCAAAGGGAACUGAAUGGAGUGAAAAAUCAAUUGUUCAAAUUACAAGACAUUGUCAAAGAGUACAAUGAAGAUCACCAAGGAGCACAGUUUCACCUUAACCAAGUCGAGGCUAGUCCGCGUCAAAGUCUCCGCCCCAGUGCUAAAGUUAAAAGAGAACGGACUUAUAUAGAGGGGGACCAGAUGCAGUCUUACCCUUCACCACAAGAAGAGUCGGCACUGUGGAAAUUACGGCUCCGAUCUCAAAUCUACUCGUCUCGAAAGGGAAACGUACGCACUGGGGUCACUCAAUGUCUUCGAUGUCAAAAACUGUUUAAGCCCUCGGACAAUGGUCCAAAGGCCUGCCGGUUUCACAACAAGGGUCGGGAAAUCAAAGAACAAUAUGAUGAACAUGGAAAACUGUUGAAUGUUGUUUACAAAUGGGCAUGUUGUAAAAAGGGAUUAGACACUGUUGGGUGCUCAACAGGAUUUCACAUUUGAUGAUGUGGGGGAUCCUAAAUCAAGCUGAGUCUUUACCUGCAAAACAUAGCUGCCAAUUGUAGUUGUCUGUGUAUUAUAUUGUAUACAUUGUUGGUUAAAUUUCUACAGCAGUUUUGAUUUGAAUUAUGUAUUUCUUGUUGCCAAUAAAGGGAAAAAACUAUUA